AUGCAUUCAUGUCAUUCAAGAUAUAUCGAUCGAGUCCGAUCUUUUACGAGGGUUAAGUCUGAAGAAAAAAUGUUCCUCUUUACGAAGCUAGGCUUCAUUAUCAAUUCUCUUUGAAGUUUCUGAUUUUUAGUUCCUCCCAGAAUUCCUAUAAAAUUUUGAGAAAGCGCUAGGCAUUUAUCAAGUCGAUGAGCUGAAGAAAGAAAAUUUUUUUUUGAAAGUAAAAUUGAGUGAAAUAUAAAGGUAAGUAAAUUAUUUUUAACUUUUCCACUUUAAUUCUUUUGUCUUUAUCUACUUAUUUCUGUCACAAAAUCCCUUCAUUUAAAAAUAUUAUUUCACAUAACAACACACUAAAAACUUUAUCUGGUUCAUAGAUGGCGGCGGGAAAAACCGUUGAAAUUGAGAAGAAGUUCCAAAUUUUUUCAUGAUUGAUUGAUUCAAAGAUGGCACUAUCAAGCUUAAUCCAUCUCAACUUUUUACAAACAAUAUAAUCUCUCCAUUCCAUAGUUUCUUUGAGAUAAUAGGACGAGAAUUAUUCAAAAAGACGACGUUGUAAACAAAUUCAUCUCGUUUUGAAAACGUGAAGAAAUCGAUGCAAAAGACCAACAAACAAGUCCGCGUGACAUGUCGUUUGUUUGUUGUUUUCGUCCGUUUUUCUCUCCGCGUCCUCUAUUUUCUUCUUUUUCUACGGUUCAUGAUGUUUCAGUGGCGCCCUUUUCGAGACUUCCUUGGCGUUUUUGGCUCAUAUUCACGUGAAAAUGGAUGAGGUUCUCGUUUAUUUUCCAUCCUGCAAAUUGAUUUCCUUUUAGGUUCGCCGCCGUAAAGCGUCUGUGGAGUCGAAAGAAAGCCAAGUUAGUGGAAAACUUCGAUCUUCAAAUUGAAAUAAUUUUUUUCGAAGCGCUUGCAUUAAAUGCCAUUUUUUGUUCACAUAAAAUUCGAAAUAUUCACAAUUUUUUUUUGUGUUUUCACAUUUUGCUCCUAAAAAGAUCGUUUUUUUUAAUGCGAAAGGCUUCCCAGAAAUGCUUCAAUAUUGUUAAAUGACUCGGUCACGGCAUUCCUAAUAGGGUGAGGGAAGGUGAGCGAGGCGUUAAAGUUUUUGAAUUUACAAAAAAGGUAAGUGCGGACUCCGAAUAAAAUUACGUCACAAGUUACACUUUCAACGUUAAUAACGUGAAAAUGAAGAAUACCGUACUCCCCAUUUGGCUGCGUACUCGAGAUUUGAAUUUUCGCGCCAAAAUUUACUCCCCACCCUGUUUGGGAAUGCCGUGUUGGUGCAACAGAAAUAAUAUCCCGGUGGUCUGUGAAUACGAUAUCCUGCUAUUUUGGAAAUAUCUCAUAAUCAUUAUGCGGAAUAGAACUGCCCCAAAAAUUCAAGUUAUCCUUAUUUGGACUCAUGAAACAAGGGGUUGCAGGAGAGCAGCUGGUCGUCAGUGGGCACGAAUGCACAGACGAACCAGACGAAAAGGAAGUUCUCAUUUGCCCAGCAGCGACAGCUCGAAGACAAAAAGGGGUGAGAGACUUCUGGAAAAGUCGGGUAUCGCUUACUUCAGUAGUGGUUCAGUCCCUGCGAGAGGCAAGUGCACAGAGCCCAGGACUCGCUCUUUUCGCAGAGUUCCGGCUGGACCAACUUCCGUGGAUUCUUCAACCUCUCCAUUCUUCUUCUGGUGAGAAUCGGUGCCUUCUUGUUGUUUUUGGUUAGAAAAAUACCUCAAAUUCUAUUCAAAACAACGGGUAUCAAGAAACUGAACGAAAGAAUGAAAAGAAGGCAUUUGAGCUUCGUAAUUGGAGAAGAUAUGAAGUUUAUGUUAGUUAUUUCAGUUAGUAAGUUUUGAAAUCUUGAGCGAUAAGCUGCAUUCGAAUCCGAAUGAAGUGUUUUUUUCUUUCAAGUACGUUUAGAGAAUUGAUACCAAUUUUUGCUUCAUUUAUUUUCCAAGUUCAAUGAUUUCAGGUGAUAUCAAAUGGCAGAGUUGCGCUGGAGAACGUCAUCAAGUACGGGAUCCUGAUCAGUCCUCUGCAGUGGAUCUCUCUCCUUUUCAAGGACAUUUCGUUCUGGAACUGGCCCAAUUUGGCUCUUCUCAUUGCUUCCAACGUCACUAUCAUCACAAUAUUUUUUUCUGAGCUCAUCAUUUGUAAUAUCCAUCUUUUUCCUUUGAGAAUAACUUUUAUUUCAGCCUAUGGCUGGUUAGGCAAUCGAUUCGCAGGAGUGUUCUACACCUUUUUGAUAGCGACUCAUCUUUCGGUGCCAGCCAUUUUCACGCUGUUAGCUCCCGUAAGUGACUGAUUGAACCUGAAGAAUCUCCAACCAGACAUCAGGCGCAAAAUCCGAUAUUCGCAGUGGCCGCCAUGAGCAUUUUCGUGAUAGAAGCCCUCAAGAUGGUCUCAUAUGUGCAUGUCAACUACUGGGCGAGGUGUGCCCACGAAGAAAUGGCCCAGGCGAAACAAAAGCACAAACAUUUGCCUGGCGGAGAAGACGGCAAAUGCACUGCCCUUCAUCCGGAUCUUAAAGACGAGGUCAGUCUCUGAAAAUCGAAAAAAAAAUAUUGAAAUACUUUUCGGAUUUUGGGAGUAUGGUCACUCCAGAUUUUAAAGUCAGUUCGAAACUCUCUUCGAAACGGUUUUUCGCUACCCGAUCUUCAUAAAGUUUUCUUAUGACUUUUCAAAAAAACUUUGAAAAUUUUUGAUUUUUUGCAUACGAAAUCCCAUAAAGCCCACGGUUUCUCAUAGAAAUUCGAGGUUAAGCUCUCCCUGUACGAAAUGGCUCGUCUCUACCCCUCGACUUUGACACUCUCCAACUUGUACUACUUCAUGUUGGCGCCAACUCUCUGCUACGAACUCAAGUUCCCGCGAACGCACAGAAUCCGCAAGCAUUUCUUGCUCAAACGCAUCGUAGAGGUUCUCCUCGUCUGUCUUCCGUGUGAAACUCCGUUUUUAGGUCGUGUUCCUCGGUUUUCUCAUCGCCGCUCUCAUACAGCAGUGGAUGGUGCCGACGGUUCACAACAGUAUGGGGCCUCUCAGUGAAAUGGAGUUCACCAGGUGGUUAUCCAGUUUUUCUUUUCGGUCGUUCUCAAAGGCACAAAGCGCAGAUACUAUUUAGCGAGAAUUUGUCGAUCCGAAGUUACGGUAACUCCUGGUUUUUUUUUUCGAUUUUUUUUUUGAGAAGUUUUUUGAGCUAUUCCAACCAUAUUAAUAUCAGAGAAACUCAAAGAAAGGGUACUUAUAAGUGAAAAAAUAGCGUCGAAAUUUCUGUUAUUUUCAUCUAAUCAACACAGAAAAUUAAUAUUAACCCCUUCACCAAGCUGUCUCGAGUUCGUUUGCAAUUUAUCAAAGCAAAAAAGGCGAAUUAUGCAAUCCGUAAUCGAUCUUUAGAAAAAAAAACUGAUUACAGGAAACAUAGAAAUGAAUUCAGUCGAAGAUUUUUAUGAAGCUUUUCGCCUGGACAGGUGCUUGGAACGCUUACUCAAAUUGGCUGUGCCUAACCACGUCAUCUGGCUCAUUUUCUUCUACUCGACCUUCCAUUCUCUCUUAAACUUAAUCGCGGAAGUACUUCGUUUUGCCGAUCGCGAGUUCUACAGGUAAAGCUACUCUUUCUUGGAUUUCUUGAAGUCGAGGGGGCUACUUCAGGGAUUUUUGGAAUGCUGAGACAGUUUCCUACUUUUGGAAAACGUGGAAUAUUCCAGUACAUCGUUGGGCACUGCGUCAUAUUUACAUGCCAAUGACUAGAAAUAACUGGAGGUUUGUUCUUUUUUUGUGAUUCUCUUUUUUAUUAGCCCUCAGUGAUAUAGCAAGUUCGUCAUCUGCUUCAACUUCCUCUAGAUCCCAUGCAUGCCAAUAUUUGGUAUUUAGGACUUGCGUUUCGUCAAAAACGGCCGAACCAAGGCUAUUAGUUUAUUAACUCAUGUUUUUUUAUCUCUUCAUAUAUAUAUAUAUAUAUGUCACCAUAUCGGAAGUUGAACUAACAGCUAAAUUCUGAUCGAAAUUUGGCUCAUCUCGUGGAUUUAACCUUGGAUAAGUUUUCAGUUUUAAGAGACCUUCAAGCCACACUGUUCCACACGAUCAGUAGCGUUAUAGAUUACAGAAGCCCGUAAAGUCAGAAAUUUCCAGCCAAAAAACUUUCUUGUAGGGAAAUUUUGUAUUUUUUUCUCUCUUUUUGAAGGAUGAAAGAAUUACAGCAAGAGCAGCGCAGUCUUUGCGGUUUUCUUCGUUUCGGCCUUCUUCCACGAAUACUUGGUUCGUUCCUGAAUCGCUCCUCAAAACUCUGUUUCCAGGUCUCGGUGCCUCUGCAAAUGUUCCGGAUCUGGGCUUUGAUGGGAAUGCUGGCUCAAGUUCCUCUCUCCUUCGUCACAGACAGAAUUGUGAAAGGCGGCCGAGCAGGUUCAUUUUCCUGGCCUUUCGAAAACUGAGUCUAGAAAAGAACUCAGAAAAAAAAAUGGAUAAAAAGUUAGUCUGAUAUUGUGCGCCUUAGUCGCAAAUAUGUGUUUUAUUAAACUUUUCUGAUUUUCCUGAGCCUCUUUCACCCUUUUUUAUCAAAAAGACUUCUUCCAGAAGAGUCGAGGCUUGUAGCCAUUGGUUUUUAUAAAAUUUUAACAGUUUUCACCUCUAACAGGCAUUCUAGAGACUCGGAAAUAAUGUAAAAAGUUUUUAUAGAGAUCCUCAUUAUUUUAUUUAAUUUUUUUCACUUUCAAGUGAUAACUAAUCUUUCUUCCCGCGCUCUAAAAGAAACCAUGUAUCGCUCUUCUUUGAGGGAACGUCGUCGUUUGGCUUUCGCUGAUUGUUGGCCAGCCGCUGGCGAUUCUGAUGUACGUGCACGAUUGGUACAUCAUCCACCACCCUCAACUCAUUACCGAAAACUCCAUCUACGAGUUCUGA